AUGGUGAGAUUAUCGUCCCCGAUCGAGAAGAGCAAUGUAAUUCGUUAUGCGACGCUGCCGGCAAACGGCUCGGAUCCCGCGGUUGGUUCCCUGGCAACAGUAGCAGGCUGGGGUGAGCGAAGCUCAGCUUGGGAUAGCAAACUUCACAAAGUUGUUAUUCCCAUCCGUGAACGAAAACUCUGCUCGGAUGUCGAUAAAGGUCAACUUGCGGUCAGAGACACAAUAGUGUGUGCUGGUGGAGAUGGCAAGGGUUCAUGUGACGGGGACAGCGGCGGCCCUCUUAUCGAUCAAAGCGAACAAUUAAUCGGUAUAGUAUCAGGAGGUCGCGACUGCGGCCUACCCUUAAUGUAUACCAGGGUUGGGAGUUACAUCCCCUUUAUCAGCGAAAAUCUCGACGGCUCUGGUCCUGGUGUUUGUCCUGAUGGUUGGACGAAGUUCCCGAUCAAGUUCUCCUAG